GUCGGAGCGGGCACACAGGCGUCACGGGAGCGAGCACGUCGAAGCUCCGCCUUCUCCUCAACUUUGUUGACUGCGGCGGAGACGCGCCAGAUCAUCACUUGCAGCAUCUGUAAAGGAUAUGACUAGACUAAACGGACAGAGAAUGGAUGCAAACGUUGUGGUACUCGGCACAGACAAUGUUGGGAAAUCUGCACUUAUUGUCCGAUUCCUGACUCGUAGAUUCAUCGGGGAAUAUGGGGAUAUCGAGUCUCUUUACACUCACAAUGUUGUUGUGGAUGGACGAGAGCAAACUUUGAAUAUAUGGGAUGCACCAUAUUCACAGCAGGACCUGUCUUCCAAGUCCUUGAUGUGUGAGAAGAGAGUCCAGUGGGCAGAUGGCUUUGUGCUGGUCUACAGCAUCUGUGAUCGAGCCAGUUUCAACACGGUCUCCAGACUCAUUCAAAUGAUCAAAACCAAUAAGGACAUUCUUGGCUUUGAGAAGAUGCCCAUAGUUAUUGUGGGUAACAAGAGGGAUCUGCACCAUCGCCGAACGGUCCUAAGCGAAGAGGGCAGGCUGCUUGCGCUCUCUGCAGACUGUCAGUUUUAUGAGGUCUCAGCUGCUGAGAACUACCACAGUGUCCUCAUGGUUUUCCAUGGGCUGGUGGAUCGCAUCAGGGAGUCCAGGGUAUCUGUGAAAAAGUUAGCAGGCAUCAAGGGCAUUGUGAAGAGCAUGUCUGCAGUGUUUGCCCGCAGGCGAACAGAUUCACUGUGAAGCCGAUGGGAGCUCUGGAAAUAAAGCUUAUGUGGUCUGAUAUGACCUAUUUUAGAUCCAUUGAGAGGAACGAGCUGUUGCUGUGGCUUGCAUGAGAGUCUGAGAUCUCUCAUGUGACUACAGCUGGAUCUUCCGUGUGGGCAGCUAAGAGAUUGCCCUAGUUUGUCUUCUAAGGUGAUGGCUUCCAUUGAGAACAUGUUGACAUCGGAGAGUUCUCAAUAAAAUGCUUAAGAUGCUAUGUGGCAGCAGAUUAUAUCAAUCAUAAGUGGAGUGAAUAUUCCAUUGUUUGAUAAAUAUGUAAUUUAACCUCCUUUGCUUACUUUAAAAGGAAAAGUUCAGCUAGAAAUGAAAAUUUGCUGAAAAAUGUCUCACCCUCAGGCUAUCCAAGAUGUAGACGAGUUUGUUUCUUCAUCUGAGCAGAUUUGGAGAAAUUUAGCAUUACGUCACCAAUGGACCCUCUACUUAGAAUGGGUGCCGUCAAAAUGAGAGUCCAAACAGCUGAUAAAAACAUCAUCAUAAGUAAUCUACAUAAACAACUGUUUUGGACUGUUUUUGCUUCUAAACUGUACUUGAUCUGUGCAUAUUUCUCUUGAAUCGGAUGAGAGGACUUUUACUUUGUAAUAAACAUUAUUAUGGAUAAAGGACUCGUACUUUUUUUUUUAUUAUUACAAACGCACAGCAUUUUGCUUCACAAGAUGUGAAUUGAUGGCUGCAGGCCUCUUGAUUACUUGUGGAUUAUUGUGAUGUUUUUAUCAGCUGUUUUAAAUCUUAUUCUGACGGCACCCAUUCACUGCAGAGGAUCCACUGGAGAGCAAAUUAUAUAAUGUUAAAUUUCUCCAAUUCUCUUCAGAUAAGGAAACAAUCUCAUCUGCAUCUUGGCUGGCCUGAGGGCGAGUAAAUUUUCAGCAAAUGUUGAGCUAUUACUUAUAAACAGGAAAGAUGUCAGUGCUUCUGCAAAUAAUCAUGAAUGUUGGAAGAAGGUUAACACUGUGGUGAUGAUGGCCGUGGGAAUCUUUCAUGAGUCAAUGCUAAUGCGCUGUGGCCUAACAAUAUAAGCUGACGCAAGACAACAUUGUCUUAUGCUACAUUUAUCAAAUACAAAAGGCUCCAACAGUAUCAGGUAUUAUCAUUCAAGGAGCUGUUAUCAGCUCAAGGCCGUCUUGCAGUUCAGUUACAAAGUCUGUGUGCAUUCAGAUAACAGAACAGAAUGUUUUUUCCCAGCUUCUUUUCUGAGGCUGUUUAAGUGCUUUAUGGAGAACAUGUGUUUGUUUCUAGACCACACUGUUUAAUAAUUCUUGUGCUAUAAAGCUAAUAAAGAAACACUUCCCCUGAGUGACAGUGCAAUGUUACAAUCAGUAAAUGAAUAUGCUGUAUUUGUAUUAAAUACAUUGUUACACCAAAAACACGUUGUCAAAGUAUGUUAACUAUGGUUGAUGAAAGAUUACAGAUAUAAGUUUAAAGGGAAUCAAAUGCAAUGAAUACAUGGUGUACAGCUGACAGUUUAUGUACAUGUAUAUUUAUUUAUCAACAAUCUAAGCAAAAAAAAAAAAAUGUAUUCAUAGACCACAAUCAGGCAUUACAAGUAUGCAUGUAAACAUUUAGAUCAGCUCUUUAUGCUAUGACUAAAGAGGCAUUUGGACAAAUUAAGUUCAAUGUUAAUAUUAAUUUAAUAAAGAAUAUAACUGAAUAGUGAAUAACCUUUGCUGUAAUGACUUGCUGUAAUUGUCAAUCUGGUAUCUUUGGUAAGUGACCAAAAAAAUUAAAAUAACAAUUCUGAGGACUUUUCCACCUAGCACACAGUUUACUCAAACAUACAAUAGGCAGGGACAUGGUAAAAAUCUGAUUAUGAAGUAUUUAAUUUAUUCCUGUACUUAAUGGGUUGGUUUUCUUUUUAGCCGAGUCACAUCUGUGCAGUCUUUCUUUAAUGAUCCUGUCGUGCAAUGAUCAAAUCUCAUUCCUCAUAUAUUGGUUUUUCAAGGGACGUUUUAUUGAAAAAGUGUAUUAUCACCAAUUGCUGUGACUUGAUACAAUAAAAAAUUAUUGAAAAGUAGCCCUGUUUCAUUAAUGAGAUUUGCACCAUUUCUGCAAUUAUAGUUACUAUUAUAUAAUCAGUCACAAAUAAUGCAAGAUUUAUUUAAAUGUAUUUAAGUCAUACCACAAUUUCUAAAUCCGCAUUUCCCCCCUAACUACACUAGUAAUCAAAAGUUUGGGGUUAGUAAGGUUUGUUUUGUUUUUUUAAAGAAAUUAUAAUUUUUAUUUAGCAAGGAUGUAUUAAAAUUGAAGUUCUUUUGAACUUUCUAUUCAUCAAAGAAUACUAAAAACAAUGUACCACUGUUUCCACAAAAAUAUUAAGCAGCACAACUGUUUUCAACUGAUAAUAAUACGAGAUGUUUCUUGAGCAGCAAAUUAACUUAACUUAAUAACUUUGCUUUAUUAUGGACAAGAAAUGGGAAAACACCAUCCAGAACAUCCAAAUGUAUAACUAUAUGUAGGUCACUGAUUUCUGAGUUUUGCAUUGGUAGUGUUGACAUACACCUCUCCAAAUCAUGACCCAUGACUGCUAUGCUUAAUGCUUUAAAUGAACAUGACAGACCUGCAGGAUAAAUAAUGAAACCUGC